AUGGAUAUGGAUGAUGACGGGCGGUUGAGAAAUGUAUUCUGGGCGGAUGCACGAAGUAGGGUAGCUUACAAAUAUUUUGGAGAUGUCGUCACAUUCGACACGACGUAUUUGACAAAUAGAUAUGGGAUGCCGUUUGCACCGUUUGUUGGUGUAAACCACCAUGGUCAGUCAAUUCUUUUGGGGGCAGGAUUAAUUUCUAGUGAGGAUACAGAAACGUUCACAUGGUUAUUUCAGACUUGGUUGACUUGUAUGGAUGGUAAAGCUCCCAAGGCUAUUAUCACAGAUCAAGAUCGAGCCAUGAAAAAUGCUAUUAGUCUCGUCUUUCCAAAAGCCCGACACAGAUUUUGCUUAUGGCACAUAUUGAAGAAAUUGCCAGAGAAGCUAGGUUCACAUGGUGCAUACAAAACUGGUUUGAAAAGCCAGUUGCAAAACUGUGUGUAUGACUCUCACACGAUAAAGGAGUUUGAGGGCUCUUGGCAAGUGUUGAUUACGAAGUACAACUUGCAGGAAAAUGCGUGGUUGAAGAGUUUAUACGCUAAGCGUACGUAUUGGGCACCAGUGUUCAUGAAAGAAUUUGAUAAUGCAUUGAGGAAGAAGAUUGAGACUGAAAGUAAGGCAGACUUCCAGUCAUUCAACGUCACAAUUCCCGUUGUCUCUCCCUCUCCACUUGAGAAGAUUUUUCAAGAGAUAUACACUUGCAAUAAAUUUAGAGAAGUUCAGAAAGAAGUUAUAAGAAUGCUUGCAACUCUUCCAGCUCUACACCGGAAGGAUGGUGUAAUUGCAACGUACCAUGUAGAAUGUGAAGUGAAUGCUGAUGAAUUCAUGAAGGAGGUGACUCACACAGUGUACUUUAAUGAGGCCGAAUGUGAAGUGAAGUGUUCAUGUGCCUUGUUUGAGAUGAGAGGGAUAUUGUGUAGACAUGUAUUAGGCAUUAUGAGAGUUAACAAAGUCCGUUCGGUUCCUGAAAAGUACAUACUAGAUCGAUGGAGGAAAGACAUAAAAAGGACACACACUCUUAUACCUUCUUCUUAUGACUUAGUUGAUCAAAGGCCUGAAGUUAGCAGAUAUUCACGUAUCAUCAGGAAAUGUUACGAAGUAGCCACAAAUGCAUCGUCAUGUGAUGAGCACACUGAGGAUAUGCUAGCUAAACUAGAUGCGAUGAACUUAGGCUACCACACCAACUUGCCGCCCUCGAAGGUUGUAGUGAUUCAUGCCGACUCAACCACAGAAGCGAGUUCUAAGAAAGUGCUGAGUCCUCAUGUAGUCAAAGGAAAAGGUAGACCUCCAUCUCUUAGAAAGAAAUCAAUGAUUGAGAAAGUGAAACCCACGACGAAGAAGGCUAGUCGUGGAGGAAAGCGUAAACAGCCACAUGGAAUAGAAGGCGAAGUUGUUGGAACGUGCAUGAAUUUAUUUGGCCAAAUAGUUGUUGGAACACAACAAACUGUCCCAGUUGAGAGGCAUGAAAACUCCAGUUAUAAAUGGAACCUGCCAAAAUUUGCAUCGUUUUUAGGUUGGGGCAGUAAUGACGUUGGCCAUUACUGCCCCAUGCAAUUGAGUGCAAGUGAGGAUUAA